CGAUCUGAUCGAUCUCGUCGUGCAAAUGGCGUCUGUACAGAGGGCGCAAACGGGCGCCAAUGCUGGCACGACUGGGCCUGGACUCAAGGGCCCCGAGACGCAAGUCGCGGCGCCGGCGCCGCCCGUCAAGAUUUCGACGCUCGAGGGAUUCGCCGUCGGGUCCUGCGCUGCGUCGAGUGCCGUCCUCUUCUCGAACCCCGCCGAGGCGGUCAAGACGAGGAUGCAGCUCCAGGGCGAGCUGCUGGAGUCGGGCGCCUCCAAGCAGCGGCUCUACAAAAACGCAUGGGACUGCCUGCGCAAGACGGCACGGACCGAGGGCGUCGCCGGUGUCCAGCGCGGCCUCGGUGCGGCCCUCGUCUACCAGGUCUGCCUCAACGGCAGCCGCCUGGGCUUCUACGAGCCCUUUCGGCGCGCAUUCAGUCGUCUUGCCGGGCGCGACGUCAAAGAGGUCUGGGCACCCGGUGCACUGGCUGCGGGUGCCAGCUCGGGCGUCGUCGGUGCGAUCCUGGGCAACCCGCUGUUCCUCGUCAAGGCGCGUCAGCAGGCCUACUCACCCCACUUCACCAUCGGGAAGACGUCGUACCACUACAAAAAUGCCCUCGACGGCCUGGUGAGCAUCGUUAGGACCGACGGCGUGCGCGGGCUGGCCAGAGGCAUGGACGCAGCCAUCCUCCGGACAGCGAUGGGGAGCACAGUGCAGCUGCCGGCCUACAACUGGUUCAAGACCUACCUCGUCGGUCUCACGCCCGACAACAAUGCCCUGGGCACCUACAAUCCCUUCUUGCUUCUUGCGGGCAAGCCAAACUCCUUUUGGACAUACCUGGCCUCGUCGACGUUUAGCGGCCUCUGCGUCUGUGCAGUCAUGCAGCCUGCCGACACGGCGUUGAGCAGGGUGUACAACCAGCCGACGAUGAUCGAUGCGAGGGGAAAGUCCGUCGGGACGCUGUACAGAGGCCCACUGCACUGCCUCUACCUCACGGCCAAGACCGAGGGGCCACUGGCGUGGUACAAGGGCACAACGGCUCACCUUGCGCGGAUUGCGCCUCACACAGUCCUUACCCUCGUUCUCAACGAGGCCUACCUCCGAUACUACUCCAACUGGAAGGCCGGCCGGAGAAUAUUCAGCGACCCAGUCGAGAAAGUCGUGUAGCGGGUCCAGGAAGGGGUAAAGGGGAGCUUGCACAGCAGUAAUAGAUCACCCAAAAACAAUGGUCUCAAAACUGGAAAC